GCCACUAGACACAUACGUUAAAAGUGCUCCCUCUGGCCUCUGGGCUCUAUAUAGCACAUUGACUCGACUAUCAUCAGUACGCUAGACUCUUGAAGCUGAAGACAUGGCCCCAAUCGCUAUACGUUCGCCUGUGUCCUCGUCCCCUGCCGUCGAGCCAGAGGCAAAGAAACAAAAGCUUGCCGACAGUCAGGUCCCCGAUUCUGACCUCGCCAUACCCAAGAGCGACAUUGAAGGCAUCCUGAUCUCCAAGACUACUCUCGCAGAGGCAGGAGCCAAGCGGCCCGUGACCUUGGUCGUCAUCGGUGCCGGUGCUCGAGGACAGGUAUACACUUCUUACGCCUUGGAGCACCCAGGCCUCGCACAAGUCGUCGCCGUAGCCGAACCUCGUGCUCAUCGACGUAAAGUCAUGUCCCGUCUCCACUCUAUCCCGAAAGAGUACCAAUUUGACUCUUGGCAGCCCCUUCUCGCUCUAGGCAAGAUUGCCGACGCAGUACUCGUCACUGUCCUCGACGAUCUUCAUGCCGAGCUCGUAUCUGCCUUUGCGCCCUUGGGGUAUCAAAUCCUUUGCGAGAAACCUAUGGCGACCAAACCGGGGGAAUGUCUCAGGAUUGUCAAAGAGGUGGAGGCGAAUCACACUGAUGUAUUCGGCAUUGGACAUGUUUUGAGGUACUCGCCUUACAACAAAGCCGUCAAGGAGGUCAUCGAUUCAGGGGUUUUGGGUGAGAUUGUCAACAUUCAACACAUAGAGCCUGUCGGGAAUCAACACUUUGCGCACAGCUAUGUCCGCGGCAAUUGGAGUAAAGAGGCCCAGACGUCUUUCGCAUUGAUGACCAAAUGCUGCCACGACAUCGACAUCCUCUCCUACUUUCUCUCCGGCCUCCCUCCCAAGAAGGUCCAUUCCUUCGGCUCAAUCCACCACUUCAAAAAGUCCAAGAAACCCGUCCAAGCCGGCCAGGCCAUGAGGUGCACGGACUGUGCAUAUGAAAGCGAAUGCGUGUGGAGCGCAAAGAAGAUCUACCUAGAAGGACUCGAAGGCGGACGACAUAAAUGGGCCGACCACAUAGUCGAUGCCGACGUAUUAGACAUUGAAAACAUCACCGACGCCCUCAAAACAGGCCCCUACGGCGUCUGCGUGUAUGAAGCAGGCAACGACGUCGUCGACCACCAAGUCGUCAAUAUCGAGUAUGAAGGCGGCGUCACCGCGAGCAUGACCAUGUCUGCUUUUACAGAGUCGAUCUGUGACAGGGGCACGCGGAUCCAGGGUACGAAAGGCGAGCUGAUUGGCGAUAUGGUCACAUUUGUACGCCCUCUUCUUCUUCUCUAGGAUCCCUCCAUCAUACGAGUAGUUGAGAAUUGACACGUGAACGUAGGACGUAUUCGACUUUUUGACACGUACCAAAUCCCACCACGUCCCGCCGAUCCUCCCAGGCCAUCAUGGCGGCGGCGAUUCCGGCCUCGCAGCCGCUUUUGUGCAAGCCGUGUCGGAGAAAGAUCAGUCUGUACUAGGGGUCACACCGGGAGAAGUGUUGGAUCCGCAUUUGUUGGUGUUUGCUGCUGAAAAAGCGAGGAGGGAAGAGAGAGUUGUCGACUUUGAAGCGUUCAAGAAGGGCGUCGUGGUGGAGGGCGCAAAGUGAGAUGGGAAUGAGGUUGAGGGGUUUGACUUACAUAUAAAGAAAGACAAGGUGUAUUUGCUCUGGUUGCGAAUGUCUGGACCUGAUCACAGACACGGUAUACAAGGAUCGAGACCGUGGCAUGGUGGUGACAUAUGUAUCCCAAACGAAUCAAAGUACGAACAAGAGCACUCGACAAGAAAAAAAAGCAGACGCUCGAGCAAUACUACUCGAGACUCGAGAGUACUCUAAAUCGUACGAGUACAAGAGACGACCCCAAGCGAAAUAAAUGGGUAUAUAGACGUAUACAAGAUGAUCCAAAAGUACACUAGCACUAUCAAAGCUGAUUGCAAAACUAACCAUAUCAUUCGGAAAUCGUAUCUCACUUCCUUCUCCCUUCUCCCUCCUCGUCUUUUCUCUUCUGUCCCUGGUCUCUGAUUAUUUGCUCCUCAAGACGAACUCAAACAUCAUCCCCAC